AUGGACACUAGUAUUGUCAUUUCUGCAGUAGCAAGCGAGCUAGUGAGCCGGUUCAUCUCCUUCCUUUCCAAGCAGUACAGCAGCAGCACAUGUCUGAAGCAAAACCUACAAGAGCUGCAGCGUCUCCUUCUCAGAGCUCACACCAUCGUCGAGGAGGCCGAGGGACGGUACGUGUCCAACUCAGGGAUGCUGGCGCAGCUCAGGACUCUGACAGAGGCCAUGUUUCGAGGGUACGAUGUGCUGGACACCUGCAUGCCGUUGGAGCAGCUCGGAGAUGAAGCAGAGGAGGAGGUGAGUGGUUUUCACCACACAUGGCCGCCUUUCGCAGUCAUCACCAGACGACGCGCUGAUGAUUUGGCGAAAUCCGGUGCUCUGAGUCUGAGGCCUCUUAAGCAUCAUCAGGUAGAGAGCACAGUUAGAAACUUAGAAACCACUGUGGCUAGCAUGGCUGAAUUCGUCGUGCUUUUAACGGGAUGCGAACGACGCAUGUCUCGCAGCCCCUACAGUAGCUAUCUCUACAUCGACAACUUCAUGUUUGGUCGCCAAGUUGAGAAGCAGCAAGUGAUCACCAUCUUGACUACGAAGGAGGAUGAUGACCCGUCUAGGCCUACUGGGGCGGCAAUAACCGUGCUGCCUAUCAUUGGAGGCUGCAGGGUCGGCAAGAAGACUUUGGUUUGGAACAUCUGCAGCGACGACAGGAUCCGUUCCUGCUACCCUUGCAUCCUCCAUUUCAGCGGAGACGAGAUUCAGAGAAUCGACUACGAAGAAAAGUUCUGCAGGUACGUCAGGACUCUGGUCACCGUCGAGUUUGCCUCGGACGUGGCUGACGAGGAAUGGCUCAAGUUUCAGUCGUUGCUGGUAGCAUCCACAGGUCCAGGAAGCAAGGUGAUCAUCAUAAGCAGGCUGGAGAAACUCGCCAGGUUUGGGACGGUGAGCCCGGUGCGGAUCGGCAGCCUGUCGCGCGAGGAGUACAGGUACCUGUUCAAGGUGCUCGCGUUCGGCAGCGCCGACCCGGCGGACCACCCACGGCUAGCCUUGCUAGGGAGGGAGCUGGCGACGGUGUUCCGGGGCUCGCUCGUCAUGCUCAACGUGUACGCCUCCGUGCUCAGGAGCAGCCUCAGCGUCCGUCUCUGGACGCGUGUCCUGGAGCUCUUCAGAGCGAUGGCACGCAGGAAUCUGGCCGUGUUCGGUGAGCAUCCGACGACUCUUCUCGAGAGAGACGGCAGCGCGGUUGACAUCACCGAGUUCUCGCCGCUGUCUGGGGCGGCGGCGUCGUUCCGGCUGGUGCUGCUGACGACGACGACAGCUGCGAAGGGUGGUGGUGCUUCGGACGACGGCGCAGAAGUGUUGCCGACGAUGUCGUUUGGGGACACAAUAGCGGGCGCUGAGAUCCUGCCUGAUCGAUUUCGGUUGGUUUGGAAAUCAAGGCUGCCGCCUUAUACUGUCAUCUGUGCAAAUUGCGCUGCAGAGAAGAAGCCUCAGCACCCGGUGUCAGUGUCACCAAGGAGCAAGCGUCAGAAGUUGUGUAUGUAA